AUGGCCGACGAGGAAGAAAUCUCCGUCUACGACGAAGUCGAGAUCGAGGACAUGACGUACGACGAAACCCUCCAGAUCUACCACUACCCGUGCCCCUGCGGCGACCGCUUCGAGAUCGCCCUGGCCGACCUGCAAGACAGCGAGACCGACAUCGCCGUUUGUCCCAGCUGCAGCCUCAUGAUCCGCGUCAUCUACGAGGUCGAGAACCUGCACAAGACGGAGCCUGAGCCGGAGCCCGAAAAGGAGAAGGAGGAGGAGACGCCCGCCCAGGUUGCCGUCGCUGCGUGA